AUGUCUGCUACUUACGACGUUAUUUUUGCUGGUGGCGGUGCCAGUGCUUGUGUUACAGCAGGUCGUCUCGCAGAUGCUGAUCCAACUUUAAGGAUAUUGGUUUUGGAAGCAGGCUCCCAUUCGAAGGAUUUGUUCUAUCACGUACAACCAGGUCGAUUCUUCAGCAACAUUUUGACUGGAAAGCCUGUGCUGUCCUUUCACGUUGGGCAAGGUGGCAAAGGUACUGGCGAACGGUUCCACAUUGUGCCAUCCGGGCGCGCUGUAGGUGGUGGAUCAAGCAUAAAUUUCCUCAUGUACACGCGGCCAGCUGCCUCCGACUUUGACGAUUGGGAGACCGUUCAUGGGAAUAAAGGUUGGAGUUCCAAAGAAAUAAUUCCCCUUCUGAAAAAAGCCGAAACCUACCAGCCGAAUCCCACUCAUCCUGCACAUGGAUCAUCUGGCCCAAUUAAAAUAUCGUUCGCCUCUACAGGAAACAAUGUUGGUGAAGAAUUGAUUGCUGUUGGUCAAGCCCUCAAAGAUGGGCGUGGCUCGACUAAUGAUAUCAACGAUUUUAGUUCCAAGUCUCUAAAUUCCUGGGGUAUGUUUAUUAGAUAUGUCGACUCUAAUACCGGCAAACGAUCUGAUGCAGCUCAUGGGUACAUCUACAAUAAAGCACACCCAAAUUUGACUGUACAGACGGGCUCCAAGGUGCUACGUGUUUUAUUCGAUGGUACUCGAGCUGUUGGAGUGGAAUAUGUGGAUGACAAAAUAGGAAGAGCUAAAUGUGCUAUCAAGCCGAUCUCUGUCAGAGCUGCUCGCCUUGUGGUUCUUUCUUCUGGCGCAUUUGGUUCGCCUGCCAUUCUCGAGCGUUCGGGUGUGGGCUCUCCUGAAAUUCUGAAAAAGAAUGGAGUCGAACAACUUGUCAAUUUGCCAGGUGUAGGAAAAAAUUAUAUGGACCAUAAUGUAAUUUUCACCCCUUACCUUGCCAGUGAGGAUGCCACCACAAUGGAUUUAGUAUUUCGUGGUCACGAAGACGAAGUACAGACCUUCGCAGAUCAGUGGACCAAAGAAGGGAAAGGACUGUUCGCCAACAAUGGCAUAGAUGGAGGCAUCAGGCUGAGGCCCAAAGAAGCUGAACUCAAAGAAAUACCUGUUAGUUUCGAAGAACGGUGGAAGUCCUACUAUGCGAACAAACCCGACAAACCGAUUUUAAUGAUGGCGACGAUGGCUGCAUACGUCGGACUUAACCCUGAAGUACCACGAGGCAAAUAUUUCAGCGUGGCGUAUUUCUCAACACAUCCUCUCGCUACUGGACAUGUCCACAUCACCUCUGGAACUGAUCUUUAUGCGCCACUUGACUUUUACCCGGGCUUCCUAGAGGAGCAAGCUGACCUGGCUGUUUUGGCUUGGGGGUACAAGAGAGCCCGCGAAGUCGCCCGACGAAUGAAGUACUUCCGCGGCGAGCUUGCUGUCGGACACCCACUAUUCCCGGCUGGCAGCGCAGCAGCUGUUGGGAAGGAGACCAAGCCUUUACCUAUUGAUGCUCCCCCCAUUGUGUACACUACAGAGGAUGAUCUAGCUAUUGACGAGUACCACAAAUCAACAGUUGAGACAUGCUGGCACUCAAUUGGAACGUGCGCAAUGAAACCUCGAGAGCAAAACGGUGUGGUUGACUCCAAGCUAAACGUAUAUGGUACCCAAAACCUAAAGGUUGCCGACUGUAGUAUUACCCCUGCAAAUGUUGCCGCUAACACAUAUAGCACUGCCAUCGCCAUUGGGGAGAAAGCCGCCGUCAUAAUCGCGGAGGAACUGGGAAUUAUAGGAGUAGUGGCAAGGCCGUGA